CCUAUAUGACAUGCACACAGGAUAGGAGUCUUACACUUCUUUCGCCCGCUACACUUUAACUUCGUUCUUUAUAGUUAAGGUAAGACGAUAUGUUUCUAUGCUUAAAGAGUUUUUUCCCUUUGCGACAGUUUCUAAUUUUCGAGCAGCGACGAAGGCCAAAUUCACUUUCGCUUACAUAAAAUUUGGGAGCAUAGGCUCAUUUGCUAAACGUGAUUGUUGCCGAGAUAAGAUGAAAAGAAUUAUAAACUGCUCUAUCGAUGUAUCAGAUAUUUUUUCGAGUACAUAUUGGCUGUUCUUUGAUUCAAUUUCGCAUACUGCAUCGCAAACACUCGAUCAGUAACGCGAACAGUUUUAUGCCACUCUGACUAGCUGCUUAAAAACUCGUCUUCAUGGACAAAGCCGAUUGUUACGAGACCUUUACUGACUUUCAAUUUCUAGCGUGCAGUGGAUUACAUAUUCUCAUUUCCAAAAGCACAGACCUUCGGUUGAAAAUUAUCGAGUGAAGAUUACCGUGUGACUACCAUGUUUUCAGGAGGUCAGUGACUUGACGCUACAAAAAUUGGUUAAACGUCUUCCUCUUUUGGGUCGAAGAAAUACUAAAUGAGGGAAGUUGGUUUGGAAGGGGAUGAGAUGUACUCUCUGCACUUUUGGAGAAAGCAUCGGCUCCUCUCUCGUACCCCUCAGGCGAUCACAAUAGUCUGACAAAUUUGAAUACUUAACCAAAAAAAUUAGAAAACGACGUUCCAUGGGGCUGAAAGAAUAACUUUUUGAACACAGAUGAGAAAGAGAAUAUGUUUGGCCGAGAAGCUUAAUUGAGUUUUUUUCAGAGAGCUUUGAAAGGUAUCCUUUUCGGGAAAAUAUAUAAUUGCAAAACAUAUUUACAUUUUACAAUCUUGAACUUGCGUGACUUAAUAAGACUCCUAAUUAGCAACCGCUGCGUAAAAUGACGUCAUCCCAACUGUUACCUGACCUUACUUUUCAAGAGAAAUGUCCUAUUAUUUAAUUUUGUACGCUGUUGGGCAGAAACUGGAGCAGCAUGACGCAUAAGUUGAUAAGUCUCAAAUCGAAGUGCCCAUCAUAUAUUUUUUUAUAACGCUUUCUUCUGAAGGGUCUUGAUAGUAGCAGGCAAGUCUAGAGUCUGAGGAAAACGACAAAACUUUUAUGUGAAACUUCAGUCAUCUUCAGUUAAUUAAUGCACGAAAAGUUGGAAGUUGAAUUUACAAUAAAUAGAAAAAUGCUCAUGACAAUAAAGUGUGACAACAAGAAAGAGGCGAAGCAUGAAAGUGUCAGAAUUAAAAGGAUAGUUUUCGAUUAACAUGAUGUAAUUGUUGAUUCAAAGAGGGUCGCUCUCUUUCAAUAUGAAUAGCCUCUUUUAUCUUUGGUUGAAAACCGGUAGAAGCGUGAUCCAAAACAUAGAAGUUAUCUGCUGAACACAAAGCGCGACAAUAUUCAGAAUCUUGCAGAUGUUUGAAAAUGUGGGAGGCCCUGUCACUGGCUAAGUGCUCUGAGGCAUCAUAAAAAACUUUGGCUGAAAAUUUUCAUGGCUCUACAAUUUUAUUUUUUCGCCGGUAUGUUGAUGAUACGUUUUGUUUAUUUCACUCAGAGCACGAUGUUACUAUAUGUUUCGACUACAUCAACUCUAGGCACCCCAGCAUCAGGUUUAUUAAGGAAAAGCAGGUUAAUCACAAACUACCCUUUUUAGAUGUCUUGAUUGAUAACAAUGACCCCAAUUCUUCUCUUCUUUCCCUCCUUAUUUAAUCGAAAAGGUUACAAACCGUUACAUCACUAGAACCCAAAGCAAUCAUCAUCCCGGGGUUCCCUUCUCACCACUUCACCUACGUUUUACUUUAAGCUACCCUACAUAGGCCAUUUUUCUGCUAUCACUCAAAAAAAGAUCCGCCAUUUUAUUAAGCGCUAUUGCAAUGACUUAGAUAGCAAGCUCAUUUUCUCUUCUUUCAAGAUUGGUAACUUGUUUGGUAUGAAAGACCCUUUCCCUGACGGGCUCCGUUCGCGUAUAGUUUAUUAGUUUGUGCGUGCUGGCUGUAUGCCUGUUAUGUCGGAGAGCACUUAGUCAGUGACAGGGCCUCCUACAUUUUCAAAUAUCUGCAAGAUUCUGAACAUUGUCGCACUUUGUGUUCAGCAGAUGAACCCCCUAAAAAAUUGUUUUCAAAUGCAUUGGAACCAAUCGACAAGGCGACAUUUUUUUUUAUUACCCCCUCCCCCCCCUUAAAAAAAUAUAUUUCUGCUGUAACACUCAGUCGCCCCGUUGUUCAUUUGUGUUUAAACUUUUCCUUGAACUUGAAGUGAUGACACGAACUGCUAAAAAAAAACAUAGAAAACGACCUCACAAUAUCGAUAACUGUCAAACUGCAAAUUACGAGCUUAAAAAAACGACUGUGUGAAUUAUUUUACGACUGACGUAUAAAAAACUCUUUAGCUUUAGUUCUAUGUUAUUUUUUUAAACGGAAUCCAUAGGUUCACUACUUAUGUUUAAAUCUUUGCAGUCAAACCCUUGAAUACAGGGGGUCUGAAUUGCAAUUAAAUGUUAACUCCCAUUUGUGUUUUCCUUUUGGUUGCAUUUCAACUGGUUCUGUUUUCUUGCGCGAAGUCGGUUAGCGCUAUAUCUGUGACUCUGAUUCCUCGUAAUUUGUUGUUGUUGUUGUUGUAGGCGGUGUUAAAGAAGAUUUAUUAACUUGCGAAAACUGUCAGUGUACCAUAGACUAUGAAUUUUUUGGCAAAGGAGAUCGAAAAAGUGUACUGUGGCUUUUUAAAAAAAGGCCCGGUCUAAGUGACAGAAGGAUGUUGGACUACUGUAGGGCUACUAUUUGAUGAGUCUUCGUUAUUUUCAAGGCAUGGAGCAAGUAGGAAGUGGUGCGAGACAAAAGAGAAGAGAUGCCAAGCCAUUUUAUGUAAAUGUUACUGUGAUAAGGAAUUGUGAUUUUACACGGAGAGAUGGUGAACGUUACAUGCCGACACUAAGUAAAUUAGCACAAAUACGAAAAUCUUCCGUUCUUGGACAAUAUAAAAAGCAAGUUGAAUUUUAUCGGAAUAUGUCGGAGAAAAUGGUUAUGGAAAAGCUUGAGGAGACAUUUCCCUACUUGCGUAAUAAGAGGUAAGGAGAAUCGAAAUUACAUUUCCCCAAGAAUGUGAAUCGUUAGCUUGUAUGUUUCGUUUUCUUAUUUCAGGUCAUGUGACAAUGCUCUAAAGAAACAUGUCUUUCAAAUUUCUUUCUAUUUACGUGCAUAUGGACGUAAACUUUACACAGAUAAAGCUAAGAAUUCCCUUAAGUAAACAAAUACAAUCUAAAGAGCUCUACUCAAUGAAAAAACAUGUGAAAUUAAACCGCUGAUUUCUACUUUUAUUAAUCGGUUAUCCAUGAUGAUUAGCAAUCCUUUCAAUAUUUUGUCCAUGUAAAGACAGUCGCCUUUAGAAUGUUCUUCCUAUGAAUUGCCUCUUUAGUUAUGCUUGUACAGUUUUUACCUCACGCCCAGCCGGAUGCAUGUCAACAUCUCGAAUUUGGGAUGGAAAGACCGUAAAGAGGAACACACAGGGCAACUCAGCUUUAUACAUUUUGGAGGACGAGGUAAUGCUAGGCAUCAUUUUCUGUCCAGAUAAAGAAAAAAAACUUUCACAAGAAUUGUAAAAUAAAAAAAUUUAUUUUAGAAUUUUCAGAAGGAUUCGAUGUACUUGUUGAGAGACCGACAACUUUAAACGAUUUAAACGCCUGCUCCAGGCUCCCAGUUAGUGGACUCGUGCAAAAUAACGAGAGAGUGACACUGAUGACAGAUGACAAUGAAAAGGAGUAAGAACUAUUUUAAACAUUGUAUCCACAAGUCUACCAGUUCCUAACUUUUUAGGCCCCAAAGACAUAGAUAGGUAGAUCAACUUGAAUACGCUAGCCUAUCAUCAACUUUAUAAAAAGCUGGUUUCCAGUACGUAGGGGCGUGAACUAAGUAUAAAAGUUAAAAACUACCGAAAAUAUACCUAUGAAAAAAAAAAAUUAUUAAUAUGUAUAUAUAUAUAUAUAUAUAUAUAUAUAUAUAUAUAUGUAUAUAUAUACAUUUAUAAAUCUAAGAAUACACUAAUAUCUAUGACUUAAACUAUUAAUGAAUUAAAUAUAACCCUAAGAAAUAAAAUAAUAUAUCAUAUUUGGUCCAUAGGUUGAAAUAAGUUCAUCAAACAUUGCCAAAGUUUCACAACUACGAAUUUCAUUUGGUAAGGAAUUCCAGAUCAUAACACCAUUAUAGCUGAAACUCUCUUUAAAAAUUUAGUCUUAAGCAACGGAACGGCCAACUUAUUAUCAGCGUCCCUUAAAUGAUAAUCGUUGGCCGAACACGAGUCCCUGAAAAUAUUCGAAAGUCUCGCAGGUGCCAAGUCAUGGAGAACCUUAAACAUUUGUCUAGCCCUAAUAUGAAUUCUAAGUUUAGGUCUUGGCUUAGUAAACUUCAGCCAAGAUGAGGUACGAUUACUUCAGACUAUCCAGCCUCGUUUUUAUAACGCAUAAUCACCCUAGCGCCUCUGUAAUGGAGUUUCUGCAGCCUUUCGACUAAUACACUUCCUAAUUAAUUCCAAACCGCACAACAAUAAUCAAAAUAAGGCAUAAUUAGUGCAUUAUAGACUGAAACAAGUACACCACGACUAGUAAAAUCUCUGAGCCGUUUUAAGGAACUAUAAUCAAAAUGAGGCAUAAUUAGUGCAUUAUGCACCGAAACAAGUGCAACCUUACUUGUAAAAUCUCUAAGCCGUUUUAAAGCACUAAUUCCUGCAAUAAACUUUUAAGUUAUUUCUUCAACAUACUUGUUCCACGUAAGAGAUUCAUCAAUGUAAACUCCAAAUAUGUUGGUGUAUUUGACUCUUUGAUCGGAUCUCUUCCAAGGCAUAAAUUUGGUUCUCAGGAAAGCUUAGCCAAUCUUUGGCGUGAACCGAUGAGCAUAUAUUCGCAAUACUAAAGCUAGGCUUAUUUGCUUGUAGCCAUAAUUCUAAUAUUAUCUAAGUCUUCAUUAAGCCCUUAUUCGAUUUCGUCAAUACUUUUCCCGUUGGCUGUUAGACUGGUAUCGUUGGCAAACAUUCGAGGUGUGGUGUGUUUGAGAAAAUUUGGCAAAGCGUGAGCAUACACCAAAAAGAAAAGUGGGCCCAAAAUUGAACCCUGAGGGAUUCCACGAGAUUACUUAUUUUAUUUUUCCACUCACUGCAUGGCUUACAGCCAGUAAAGGUCUAUGUCAACGGGUGUGUUAGAAAGUGAGUCAUUAUGUAAGUAAGUAUGUAAGAAAGGAAGUAAGUAACUAAGACCACGUUAGGUAAGACCCUGCAACCGUGCCAAUCACUGUAAAAUUGGUUUGGAAGCUGAGGGUUCCUGGUUAGAUACUUUUAAGUGACAUUCUUCGAUCGGGCACGAUGGGACUGCACCCUCGUGUCGUAACGCCAAUAAGAGCCAACUCGCGCAGAAGAAGGUGGGUUGACUCAUCUAUUUUAGGCUUAUACUCAUUUUUUUAACUUAUUUGCACGCAUUGCGUGCCAUUGCUUUAGGGAAGUUUAGGUCAUGUGAUUUAGGCAACCUUGUGGUUGAAAAAUGAGAAACUAAAAUUAUGGAGUUGUGGAAAACGUUUUUUAUUUUGGGGAUGAAGUGCUUCACAUGACAGGGCUAAACGAGUUAUUCCAGAUUUUCAACGGCUUCUCUCUUCCCAUUUUUCGCUUGCCUCGAUCUUGACUUUUCUCCAUUGACCGAGAGCACCCAGCUUAGUCUAUAGCAAGAGAUUAUAAACUGUUUAUAUUCCCCUGCCUAUAGAUUAUAACCAAGAGUAAAAGCUCACUUAGAAUAUUUUAUUUUUCUAAGGUAACACAGAAGAACGAUUCCUCUGCAUACUUAGACCAGCCAAAAUCAGAAUUCCGUCACGAUGAGCCC